AUGGCCAAGAUCAAGACCCGCUCAACAGAGUCUCGAAGGCAAAAGCCUCUGGUUGUGACUCCCCGCGACAAGACACAUACGCAUACAGUGAUUCUGCUCCACGACGCCGGUGCCAAAGGCCGUGACGCUGGCAGAAAGUUCCUCAAAGCAACGAACAUUCAAUCCCACUUUCCCACCGUUCGAUUCGUUUUCCCCUGUGCUUUUAAGGCACCACCGGCGGUAAAGAAUGGACCUUCGGGCGCCACACAAUGGUUUAACAAUCCCUCCUGGCCGAGCCCACGGUGGGCCGGUGACACGGCAACACUCCCAGAAACCGCAGUUUUCCUUCAGCGUUUGAUUCACAGCGAGGCAAGGUUGCUACGAGACAAUGGAGACUAUGGCCUGCACGCUGCUUACGGCCGUGUUGUCGUCGGAGGCCUGAGUCAUGGUGGCGCAGCGGCUCUGUUAUACCUUUUGGGUAGCCAUCGCCCACUGGGUGGAUUCCUUGGAAUCGGUGCCCUCUUGCCCUGGAAGUAUCAGCUCGAACUUCUUCUCGAAAUGUAUGAAGAUGGCUUCGGCCGGCGAAAAGCCAUAGUGGGAACCAACUACGUUAGGGAUCUGCUGCAGUUCGAGCGCUUGGCCGUUGGUAACGAGGGGUAUCGAUCCUGCGAGAGCCUCAAAGACGCAGAGAAGGAUAACCGAGAAUCGCGCAUGCCAGCAUGGCAGUAUCCUCUGAUACAUCUCAAUACUCCAGCUUUCCUGGGCCAUGGAUCGCAGCCUGAGAAGGAGAAUAGUAUGGGCCGGUGUCUCAGCGGUAUAUUUGGGAUGGACGUUAUCGACAUAGACUGUACAGAGCACGGCAAGGAAUGGUAUUCUGUCCCAGAGGCGUUCGAACAUGUGCUCAGCUUUCUUGAACAGAGGGUCGGUAUACACAGAGCGUCGAUGGAUGAGACAUCUUCAACGUCUAAAACAGAAAGAAAAGUAAUCUAA